UCCCACCGCCUCUGUCUCCCUCUCUCCACGAACUGCCCAGGAGUGAGCUGCUGCUCUCGGUCAAGCAGGCCUGAUACAGACCCUUGGACAGCCUGACAUCUUAGCCUACCAACUAGGCAGCCUGACCUGGCUGCCUCCACACCCCAGGCACAACCACCAUGCGGCCACUGUGGCUCCUCGUGUCUCUGCUGGCCCUCAGCCAGGCUCUGCCGUUUGAGCAAAAGGGCUUCUGGGACUUCACCCUGGAUGAUGGGCUGCUCAUGAUGAAUGAUGAGGCUUCAGGUGCCGAUACGACCUCGGGUGUUCCUGACCCGGACUCCGUCACACCCACCUUCACCACCAUGUGUCCUUUUGGCUGCCACUGUCACCUGCGGGUUGUUCAGUGUUCUGACUUGGGGCUGAAGACUGUACCCAAGGAAAUCUCACCUGACACCACGCUGUUGGACCUGCAGAACAAUGACAUCUCGGAGCUCCGAAAAGAUGAUUUCAAAGGCCUCCAGCACCUCUAUGCCCUUGUCCUGGUGAACAACAAGAUCUCCAAGAUCCAUGAAAAGGCCUUCAAUCCCCUCCGUAAGCUGCAGAAACUCUACAUCUCCAAGAACCACCUGGUGGAGAUCCCUCCCAAUCUGCCCAGCUCCCUGGUGGAACUGCGCAUACAUGACAACCGCAUCCGCAAAGUGCCCAAAGGCGUGUUCAGCGGGCUCCGGAACAUGAACUGCAUUGAAAUGGGUGGGAAUCCCCUGGAGAACAGUGGUUUUGAACCUGGAGCCUUUGAUGGUCUGAAGCUUAACUACCUGCGCAUCUCCGAGGCUAAGCUCACUGGCAUCCCCAAAGAUCUCCCUGAGACCCUGAAUGAACUCCAUCUGGACCACAACAAAAUUCAAGCUAUUGAGCUAGAAGACCUGCUCCGCUACUCCAAGCUGUACAGACUGGGCCUGGGCCACAACCAGAUCCGGAUGAUAGAAAAUGGGAGCCUAAGUUUCCUGCCCACCCUAAGGGAGCUGCACCUAGACAAUAACAAGCUAUCCAGGGUCCCUGCUGGACUUCCAGACCUCAAGCUUCUCCAGGUGGUCUAUCUGCACUCCAACAAUAUCACCAAGGUGGGCGUCAACGAUUUCUGCCCUGUAGGCUUCGGAGUCAAGCGAGCCUACUACAAUGGCAUCAGCCUCUUCAACAACCCUGUGCCCUACUGGGAGGUGCAGCCAGCCACCUUCCGCUGCGUCACUGACCGCCUAGCUAUCCAGUUUGGCAACUAUAAGAAGUAGAGGCAAUAGUGGCCACUAUGGUGGCCAUAGUGGGGGGGGGGUGUCUCUGGGGAACACAAUCAGGUGUCCCAGAGAAGAAGGCAAAGCAAGGAAGAAAAGCCCCUCUUGGUCCCUGACCACAACUAGCUCCCCAUCACAGCCUCUUCCUGGCUCCCAAGCAUGCAGGUGGACACAAGACCUGGUCCCCAUCACAUGCUCCCCUGAGAUUCAGAUAUGCAUCACUCACCCAUGGGGGCCACUCAGAGGCACCCCAUGAAGCUUUCUUCUUGUUCAUCCUGAGGCACCAGCUUUAGGAAGAGAUGGUCCAUGGGUCUGCAGGGCAGAAGGAGUUAGUACCGUUGGAGACAGUGGACUCCACCAUGACCAUCACUUCAUCCUCACACAUGUUCCUUCUCUGACUCUGCUGGACCCUGCUUGUUUCCCUUGGCUGCUGAAGCUUCUAGUUCAACAAGUUUACCACCUGCCCAUCCCUGCCAUGUUGCUCUUGUAUCAGCCCCUGGACUGGUCUCUAUCUCUCUGACUCUCUGUUUUACACACACACACACACACACACACACACACACACACACACACACACACACACACACACCAUCUGCCCUGGGCUGGCUCUGGUUUACAUCUCCGGCCCAAACAAGCCCGGGCAGCUGUCUCCCUGGCCACUCUUCCGGGGUGUGGUCUGCAGUCCCAGAAGGGGCUGAAAAUUGGAGACCCUGAUCCUUCCAUAUAGUACCCAGGGAGGUGGCCAUGCUCAGCCGUCACCAGAGGGAACGGUAAGCUUUCUAUACUUCCAGAGGGGGUCCAGCAUAUCACCAGAAUCCUGGGCACAAGUUUUUAUUGACCCCAACCCUCUUCCUAAGAUGGCCAGGUCUUGCUUCCUCUCCUCCUGAUCCCUGCUGUGCUGGGGGUGUGAACGGCCACACCCAGCUUGAAGGGCUGCUUCUGAGGUCAGCUGAUUUUCCAUUAAAGAAAAACUGCAAUAUG